CCGUGAGGGAAUGUGAUCCAGAGACUAGUUCCCUGGCAAUGGCCUUGGCAGAAAGCUUCCUCCUGAGACAGGCAGAGGAGAAGAAUCAGGUGCAGCAGCUAUUAGAGGAAGUGGAAGAGAAGAUUCAGUUGGAUACCAGCAGCAACGAAAACACCAUCUCACUGCGUGGUGGAACAGCACUAGCAAGAGGUGUUAGAUGCUCUCCUUUCUAUGGUGAAGUGGAGAUGGUGUCUAUGCUGCUGGAUCAGAGUCUGGUGACCUUCGAGGAUGUGGCUGUGGAUUUCUCUGAGGAGGAAUGGGCUCUGCUGGAUCCGGACCAAAGGGCUUUGCACAGGGAAGUCAUGGUAGAGAAUUUCAGGAAUCUGGCUUCUCUAGGUAAGGAAAAAAUAUUUAAAAGCAUGAAGCAUCAAAAGAGCUUCAAUCAGAGUGGAAACCUUAAUUCCCAUCAUAAAAUUCACAAAAGGGAGAGAAAAUACAAAUGUCUGGAGUGUGGGAAAAGCUUUAGUCAAAGUGGAGACCUUAAUUCCCAUCAAAGAAUUCACACAGGAGAGAAACCAUAUAAAUGCCCAGAAUGUGGGAAAAGCUUCACUCAGAAUUCACACCUCAUUCGCCAUAAAAAAAUUCACACAGGUGAGAAACCAUAUCAUUGUCUGGAGUGUGGAAAAAGCUUCAAUCAGAGUGGAUCCCUUUCUUCCCAUCAAAGAACUCACACAGGGGUGAAACCAUAUAAAUGCUUGGUGUGUGGGAAAAGCUUCACUUGGAGUGCACACCUUAAAUACCAUCAGAGAACUCACACAAGAGAGAAGCUAUAUAAAUGCCUGGAGUGUGGACAAAGCUUCAGUAAGAAUGGAAGCCUCAUGCACCACCGUCAAAGAACUCACACAGGGGAGAAACCAUAUAAAUGCCUAGAGUGUGGAAAAAGUUUCACUCACUGUGGAAAUCUGACUUCCCAUCAAAGAAUUCACACAGGAGAGAAACCAUAUAAAUGCCCAGAAUGUGGGAAAAGCUUUACUCAGAAUGCAAACCUCAUUCGCCAUAAAAAAAUUCACACAGGUGAGAAACCAUAUCAGUGCCUGGAGUGUGGAAAAAGCUUCAAUCAGAGUGGAUCCCUUUCUUCCCAUCAAAGAACUCACACAGGGGUGAAACCAUAUAAAUGUUUGGUGUGUGGGAAAAGCUUCACUUUGAGUGCACACCUUAAAUACCAUCAGAGAACUCACACAAGAGAGAAGCUAUAUAAAUGCCCGGAGUGUGGACAAAGCUUCAGUAAGAAUGGAAGCCUCAUGCACCACCGUCAAAGAACUCACACAGGGGAGAAACCAUAUAAAUGCCUAGAGUGUGGAAAAAGUUUCAUUGACUCUGGAAAUCUGACUUCCCAUCAAAGAAUUCACACAGGAGAGAAACCAUUUAAAUGCCCAGAAUGUGGGGAAAGCUUCAGUCGGAAUGCAAACCUCAUGCAUCACCAUCAAAGAAUUCACACAGGGGAGAAACCAUAUAAAUGCCUAGAGUGUGGGAAAAGUUUCAUUGACAGUUCAAGCCUUAGUUCCCAUCAAAGAAUUCACACAGGGGAGAAACCAUACAAAUGUCUGGAGUGUGGGAAAAGCUUCUUUGAAAAUACAAAACUUACUCGCCAUAAAAGAAUCCACACAGGGGAGAAACCAUAUAAAUGCCUAGAGUGUGGAAAAAGUUUCAUUGACAGUUCAAGCCUUAGUUCCCAUCAAAGAAUUCACACAGGGGAGAAACCAUAUCAGUGCCUGGAGUGUGGAAAAAGCUUCAGUCAGAGUGGAAGUCUUAUUUCCCAUCAAAGAAUUCACUCAGGGGAGAAACUAUAUCAAUGCCUGGAGUGUGGAAAAGGUUUAACUAACAGUUCAAGCCUUACUCGCCAUCAAAGAAUUCAUACAAGGGAGAAACAAUAUCAGUGCCUGGAAUGUGGGAAAAGCUUCAUUGAUCGCGGAAGCCUUAAUCGCCAUCAAAAAAUCCACACAGAAGAGAAACCAUUUCCAUGCCUGGAGUGUGGAAAAAGCUUCAUUGACAAGGGAAGCCUUACUCGCCAUCAAAGAAUUCACAUAGGGGAGAAAACAUUUCAGUGCCCGGAGUGUGGCAAAAGCUUCAUUGACAGUGCAAGACUUAGUUGCCAUCAAAGAAUUCACACAGGGGAGAAACCCUAUAAAUGCUUGGAGUGUGGAAAAGGCUUCAGAGAAAGUGGAAACCUUACUUCCCAUCAAAGAAUUCACACAGGGGAGAAACCCUAUAAAUGCUCAGUGUGUGGAAAAAGCUUCAUUGACAGUGCAAGCCUAACUCGCCAUCAAAGAAUUCACACAGAAGAGAAACCUUACAAAUGUCUGGAGUGUGGAAAAAACUUUAUUGACACUACAAGCCUUACUCGCCAUCAAAGAAUUCACACAGGGGAGAAGCCGUAUAAAUGUCUGGAGUGUGGAAAAUGCUUCAGAGAUAGUGGAAGCUUUAGUUCCCAUCAUAGAAUUCACACAGGGGAGAAACCAUAUCAGUGCCUGGAGUGUGGAAAAAGUUUCAGUCAGAGUGGAAGUCUUACAGCCCAUAAAAGAAUUCACAGAGGGGAAAAGCCCUAUAAAUGCCUGGAAUGUGGGAAAAGCUUCACUCUCAAUGGAAACCUUAAUUCCCAUCAGAAAAUUCAUACAAGGGAGAAGAACUUAUAA